AUGACGCAAGACCAAGACGAAACUUCCCAGGGACCAAACUCUCCCAACAAACGUACCGUCGAGUUGGCUAAUGUUCUGUAUCAAGUUCUGUAUCAGCACAAUCCUGAAAUUUUAGAAGGCAUCGAAGGACUUUUCGAAUAUUUUGUGGAAGAAGUAUGGAAGCAAGGAUUCAUACGGCAAUUGGGGAUGAAAGAAGAUGAAAAGACUAGACUAACGGAUGAUGAAAUUGCAUCGAGAGUAUGCGAUAUAGUUAAAGACGAUUUUCUCACUUUCAGCAUUUGUGAAAGUGAAACGGAUUGUCUGGAAAUGUGUAACGAAAUUACAAAACAGUGGAAGAUAUUUAUUAGUUCGAACCCCGCUUCCGAGUCAGAUUUUGUCAUCAACUCCGAUUCAGAAUCAAACUCCGACGCCGAUGAAGACAAUGACGCUUCUUAUGAACCAGGCACAUGUGAACUCUGUCAUCGUCACAUGCCACUCACUUUUCACCAUUUAAUCCCAAAGAAGACUCACAAAAAGGUCCUCAGGAAAAAGCUCUUCACAAAGACAGAGGUCAAUACACGCGGAGUAAUGAUUUGUCGGCAGUGCCAUUCCGCUUGUCAUCGAUUAAUUCCUCAUGAAAAGAUGGCGCUCGAAUACAACACACUGGAGAAGUUGAGCGAACAUGAAGGAGUGGCUAGGUUUGUCGACUGGGCUAGUAAGCAAAGAGGAUAUGAAAGCACACAUCAUCUGAAAAAUUUAAG